AUGGCCCGGCUUGGUUCCUGUGCUGGCGCUGGUGUGAAAACGCACUCUCAACUCUCAGAAACUUCGAAGGCGUCAGAGAGACAAACCUCAAAAUGCCCAUUCACCAUUGAGAGUAUUCUGGGGUUGGAUAGGAGCGAGGAGACGGCGCCUCUUCUAACUCCCCAUCGAUCAUGGCUUAACAUUACAGCUUUUCCAGGGAGCUCGUGUCCCGAUGCCUCUGAGAGAUUCAGUGAGUCGGCAAAUCCAGUGGAGGUUGGAAACAGGAGCUGUCCCGAGUCAGAAAGGCUGAGCGAGGAUCGCUUCUCUAGUCGGCCAAACUGUUACUGGUUCCGAGGGAGAAGAGCCAGGACUGCAUUUAGCAGGGACCAGAUUGAAGUAUUAGAAGAAGAAUUUCAGCUAAAUUGUUAUCCAGGGAUUGAUGUUCGUGAAGAACUUGCUCAGAAACUGGCUUUAGAUGAAGACCGAAUUCAGAUCUGGUUCCAGAAUCGCCGUGCAAAGCUGAAAAGAUCUCAUCGAGAGUCUCAGUUUCUGAUGGUGAAAAAUGCACUGAUAAAUUCACCUGUACAGAAAGCUGGCACCCAGCUAGAGGGACUCGAUCAUUGA